AUGCCGUCAGCUCUCAUCUGGGGAUGUCUGAAAGUCGUGGUAGACUCUUCAAAAAGAUAUCUGUCUUUGUAUGAAAAUAUUGAAGAGCAAGUUGCUCUUUUGAAUUAUCAUAUUGACAACUUGAAUACCUGUGAAGACCUCCUUGGUGGUUCUCCACGAAUGCAAAAUCUGAUACAAGAGUCUUAUAUCGAUAUCAUUCGCUUUUGGCUGAGAGUUGAAGAAGAAUGCGACCGCUGUGCCGAAAAUCGCCUCCUCCGAUCCACUUUUCCCUUUAGUGUGACGAAAAUUGAUGAGAUCACUAUAAGGAUUGAGAAAACUGCAGAUAAAAUAGACCGUCUUGCGUUCUUCCUCAAAGGGCAGAUAGACAGAAGCGAACAGCUGAGCGCGGCUAGAGAGAGAGGACUGGCAGAGAUUGCAGGGGAGCAACAGUCAAGCUUUGACAAGAGGUUUGAUGAAGACCGAAAUGCUGACAAGGGGAGCACGCUUCGAACAUGGCUCAAUCCAGCCUCCUUGGCUUUAAAUGAGAGCAACUUUCAUCAACAAAAGAAGUACAGGAAGUCCAGAAGUCCUCAGACCUGCGACUGGUUAUUUGAUCAUAUCAAUAUGAGACUAUGGCUCGAUAUCAAAUCUUCGGACUGCCUUCUAUGGGUGAAGGGUGGACCCGGAGUUGGGAAGUCAACAAUCACCGCUUAUGCAAUCGAGAAAGUAUCCAACAGUGUCCCACCAACCUCAGCUGUCAUAUAUCAUUUCUUCUGA